AUGCUUGGAGGCAAUGGUUUCCACCGACUCGUACAACAGAAAAAGAGCAACAUCUUCUUCACCAGUCUGCACGAGAUCGAUAAAAUUAUUGAUGGCAAGUCAAAAACAGAGAAAGAGUUAGAAUUGGAAGAGAUUCGUGAGAAAUUGCCAUUUCUUUACCUCAAAGACUUCGCCAAUGUCUUCUCGAAGAGAGAUUAUCACCCAUUGUAUAAGAUGUCCUUGGAGGAGCUAGAGGCUGUGAGAGAGUACAUCCUCGACAAUCUUAGCAAGGGAUUCAUUAAGCCUAGCAACGCGCCGUUCGCUUCACCUAUUAUCAUGGCUGAGAAGCCGGGUGGCAGUCUCCGUUUCUGCGUCAAUUACCAUAAGCUGAAUCAGUUGACCAAGAAGGAUCGAUACCCGCUACCGCUCAUCGACGAAGUAUUCGAAAGACUGAACCGAGCCUGUAUUUUUACCAAGCUGGAUAUCAGGUACGGCACAUAUAAGUAUAAAGUGAUGCCCUUCGGAUUGAUAAAUGGGCCUGCCACGUUCCAACGACUCGUUAAUGACCUUUUUAUGGAUUGCUUGGAUCAGUUCCUUAUCGCCUUCAUCGACGACCUACUCAUAUACAGUGAGAAUGAGUUAGAGCACGAGAUUCAUGUUAAAAGGGUGCUAGAAAGGUUGCGGAACGCGGGACUUCAAGCGGCCUUACAUAAGUGCGAAUUCCAUGUGACUCAUACCAAGUUCCUAGGUUUCAUCUUGACCUCAGAAGGGAUUGAGGUAGAUCAAGAGAAGGUCUGUGCUAUCACUCAGUAG